UGUGUGUUCAUGUGUGUUUUCCAGGAACUGUUGACAUUUAGGGAUGUGGCCAUAGAAUUCUCUCUGGAGGAGUGGCAACACCUGGACGUUGCACAGCAGAAUUUAUAUAGAAAUGUGAUGUUAGAGAACUACAGAAACCUGGCCUUCCUGGGUAUUGCUGUCUCUAAGCCAGACUUGAUCACCUGUCUGGAGCAAGGGAAAAAGCCUUGGAAUAUGAAGCGACAUGAGAUGGUGGAUGAACCCCCAGGUAUAUGUCCGCAUUUUGCUCAAGACCUCUGGCCAGAGCAGGGCAUGGAAGAUUCUUUUCAAAAAGCAAUACUGAGAAGAUAUGAAAAAUAUGGACAUGAGAAUUUACAGUUAAGAAAAGGUUGUAAAAGUGUGGAUGAGUGUAAGGUACACAAAGAAGGUUAUAAUGGACUUAACCAGUGUGUCACAACUACCCAGGGCAAAGCAUCUCAAUGUAGUAAAUAUUUGAAAGUCUUUUAUAAAUUUAUAAAUUUAAACAGACAUAAGAUAAGGCAUACUAGAAAGAAACCUUUCAAAUGUAAAAAUUGUGUCAAAUCAUUUUGCAUGCUUUCACACAAAACCCAGCAUAAAAGCAUUUAUCAUAGAGAGAAGUCCUACAAAUGUAAAGAAUGUGGAAAAACCUUUAAUUGGUCCUCAACCCUUACUAAUCAUAGGAAAAUUUAUACUGAAGAGAAACCUUACAAAUGUGAAGAAUAUAGCAAAUCUCCUAAGCAACUCUCAACCCUUACUACACAUGAAAUAAUUCAUACUGGAGAGAAACUCUACAAAUGUGAAGAAUGUGGUGAAGCUUUUAAUCGAUCCUCAAAUCUUACUACACAUAAGACAAUUCAUACUGGAGAGAAACCUUACAAGUGUGAAGAAUGUGGCAAAGCAUUUAUCUGGUCCUCAACCCUUACUAAACAUAAGAGAAUUCAUACUAGAGAGAAACCCUACAAAUGUGAAGAGUGUGGCAAGGCAUUUAUAUGGUCCUCAACCCUAACUAGACAUAAGAGGAUGCACACUGGAGAGAAACCCUACAAAUGUGAAGAAUGUGGCAAAGCUUUUAGCCAAUCUUCAACCCUUACUACACAUAAGAUAAUUCAUACUGGAGAGAAACCCUACAAAUGUGAACAAUGUGGCAAAGCCUUUAACUGGUCCUCAACUCUUACUAAACAUAAGAUAAUUCAUACUGAAGAGAAACCCUACAAAUGUGAAAAAUGUGGCAAAGCCUUUAAGCAGUCUUCAAUCCUUACUAACCAUAAGAGAAUUCAUACCGGAGAGAAACCCUAUAAAUGUGAAGAAUGUGACAAAUCUUUUAACCGGUCUUCAACUUUUACUAAACAUAAGGUAAUUCAUACUGGAGUAAAACCUUACAAAUGCGAAGAAUGUGGCAAAGCAUUUUUCUGGUCCUCAACCCUAACUAAACAUAAGAGAAUUCAUACUGGAGAGCAACCCUACAAAUGGGAAAAAUUUGGCAAAGCCUUUAACCGGUCCUCACACCUCACCACAGAUAAGAUAACUCAUGGAGAGAAAUCUUACAAGUAUGAAUAAUGUGCCAAAGCCUAAAAAAGCCCUCAAUUCUUAAUAGAUAUAAGAUUAUUCAUACUGGAGAGAAACUACAAACGUGAGAGAGGCGCUAAUGCUUUUGACAGUACCUCAAACUUUAAAGAAAAUCAUUCUGCUGAAAAAUCCUAGAAAUGUGAAGAAUGUGAAAAAGCCUUUAAAUGAUUGUCACUCUUGAUUGUAGGUAAGAUAAUUCAUACUGGAGAAAACUACCAGUGUGAACAACGUGGCCAAGCUUCGACAAUGCUCACAUCUUAUUGCACAGGAAAGCAUUUAUACUUGAGAACAAAUGUACAAAUAUAGGCAAAGUAAAAAAGCCAUUAAUACCUGCACACAUCUUACUCAAAAUUGUAGAGUUCAUAGUAAAUAAAAGCAUUAAAAGUCUAA